AUGGCCAAGGGUGAUGUUAACCAGGCCGACAAGACCGUCUUCGGCAUGCCCGGAUUCGUCGUCGACUUCCUGAUGGGUGGUGUCUCCGCUGCCGUCUCCAAGACUGCUGCCGCCCCCAUCGAGCGUAUCAAGCUCCUCAUCCAGAACCAGGAUGAGAUGCUUCGCGCUGGUCGUCUCGACCGCAAGUACAACGGUAUCAUGGACUGCUUCCGUCGUACCGCCGCCUCCGAGGGUGUUGUCUCCCUGUGGCGUGGUAACACUGCCAACGUUAUCCGUUACUUCCCUACCCAGGCUCUUAACUUCGCCUUCCGUGACACCUACAAGUCCAUGUUCUCCUACAAGAAGGAGCGUGAUGGAUACACCAAGUGGAUGAUGGGUAACCUUGCCUCCGGUGGUGCUGCUGGUGCCACUUCCCUCCUCUUCGUCUACUCCCUCGACUACGCCCGUACCCGUCUUGCCAACGACGCCAAGUCCGCCAAGGGCGGUGGUGACCGUCAGUUCAACGGUCUCGUUGACGUCUACAAGAAGACCCUCGCCUCCGACGGUAUUGCCGGUCUCUACCGUGGUUUCGGUCCCUCCGUUGCUGGUAUCGUUGUCUACCGUGGUCUGUACUUCGGCAUGUACGACUCCAUCAAGCCCGUUGUCCUGGUUGGUCCUCUCGAGGGUAACUUCCUUGCCUCUUUCCUGCUCGGCUGGACUGUCACCACCGGUGCCGGUAUCGCUUCCUACCCCCUGGACACCAUCCGUCGUCGUAUGAUGAUGACCUCCGGUGAGGCCGUCAAGUACAAGUCCUCCAUGGAUGCUGCUCGCCAGAUCGUCGCCAAGGAGGGUGUCAAGUCUCUCUUCAAGGGUGCCGGUGCUAACAUCCUCCGUGGUGUUGCCGGUGCUGGUGUCCUGUCUAUCUACGACCAGGUCCAGCUCAUCCUCUUCGGCAAGAAGUACAAGGGUGGCUCUGGCUAA